AUGUUUAAGCAGAGAAAGAGUAUCAGAGAAGAACAUGCCCGCCUGAGCAAUGAAGUAAAGGGCAUCUCAAUUGAUUCAUUACUUGGUUGUGAAGCUUUCGCUGCUCUUGAGAAUCUGAGUGUGGAACAUGAACUUUUGAAGAAUAAGUACCAUGAAGAGUGUGAGUUACUUAAGAAGAAGUAUCUCCAAGAAUCCUCGGAAAGAAAGAAGCUUUACAACGAAGUGAUUGAACUCAAAGGCAAUAUAAGGGUUUUCUGUAGGUGCAGGCCACUGAACCAAGAUGACAUUGAGAAAGGCUCCACAUCAGUUGUUGAUUUUGACUCAUCCCAGGAAAAUGAGCUGCAGGUCAUUUGCUCUGAUUCUUCCAAAAAGCAAUUCAAAUUUGACCGUGUGUUUGGACCUGAGGACAACCAAGAGGCUGUCUUUGACCAAACUAUGCCUAUAGUAACCUCUGUCUUGGAUGGUUACAAUGUCUGCAUAUUUGCCUAUGGACAAACAGGCACUGGAAAGACAUACACAAUGGAAGGAACAUCAGAGAAUAGAGGAGUGAACUAUCGAACCCUAAAGGAGCUCUUCAGGAUAUCUGAGGAAAGGAGCACUAUAAUGAGAUAUGAAUUGUUUGUUAGCAUGCUGGAGGUCUACAAUGAGAAGAUAAGGGAUCUUCUGGUUGAGAACUCGAACCAACCUGCUAAGAAGUUGGACAUAAAACAAUCAGCUGAGGGUACUCAAGAAGUCCCUGGACUGGUUGAAGCUCGUGUUUAUGAUACAGAAGGAGUUUGGAGUUUGCUUAAGUCAGGAAGUCAAGUAAGAUCUGUUGGAUCAACCAAUGCUAAUGAGUUCAGUAGCCGGUCUCACUGUUUGUUGAGGGUAACUGUAGCUGGAGAAAAUAUAAUCAAUGGGCAAAGAACAAGAAGCCAUUUAUGGCUGGUUGACCUGGCCGGAAGUGAGCGUGUUGGUAGGAUCGAAGUUGAAGGUGAAAGACUGAAGGAGUCUCAAUUCAUAAAUAAAUCCUUAUCGGCACUUGGUGAUGUUAUCUCAGCCCUAGCCUCCAAGAAUUCUCAUGUUCCUUACAGGAAUUCGAAGCUUACUCAUAUGCUGCAAAGUUCCCUAGGUGGAGAUUGUAAAACUUUGAUGUUUGUUCAAAUUAGCCCAAAUUCGGCUGACCUUGGAGAAACGCUUUGCUCCUUGAAUUUCGCUAGCCGUGUCAGAGGAGUUGAACAUGGGCCUGCCCGAAGACAGACGGAUCAUGCAGAGUUUUUGAAAUACAAGCAGCUUGCAGAAAAGGCAAAACAAGAUGAGAAGGAAGCCAGGAAGUUGCAGGAUAACGUGCAGGCUUUACAGUUACGGCUUGCUGCUAGAGAACAUAUUUGCAAAAAUCUUCAAGAGAAGGUUCGAGAUCUCGAAACUCAAUUAGCUGAAGAAAGGAAAACAAGGCUAAAACAGGAAAACAGAGCAUUGGCAUCCGUUGCUACUCAGUCAACUUUAACAUCAAACCAAGCACAGAAGGCCUCAAUAGCAGAUAAUAAGAAACCACCAUUGGCCCCAUCAAAACUAAUGAUGCCACUUAGAAGCAUCACAAACUUCAUGCCACUGGCUCCAUCGCCAGCUCCUCCAAACAAGAAGAGUAUGUCUAUGUCCUAUCUACCAGCUGUAAGAGAAGACAAAGAGAAUGCCCCAAGAGAAAACAAGGGGAAGCAAGUUAUUAUGAAAGCAAGAAGAGGUUCCUUUGCUGUAAGACCAUCUCCAGCAGCUCCUCCAAACAAGAAGAGUAUGUCUAUGUCCUAUCUACCAGCUGUAAGAGAAGACAAAGAGAAUUCCCCAAGAGAAAACAAGGGGACGCAAGUUAUUAUGAAAGCAAGAAGAGGUUCCUUUGCUGUAAGACCAUCUCCAGCAGGUCAAGUUUUCCAGCCUAAAAGAAGGGCUUCAAUUGCAACUUUCCGGCCCGAAUCCAACUCAGGCAUGGCUACUCCACUUGAAAAUUCAUCUUCUAGAAUGAUGAGGACAGACCGUUUGAUGGGCCGGCAAUCAUUCGUUUGGGAUCCACAAAGAGUUUGGCGAACUUCAAGACCGUCUUCACCAUUGCCACAAUCACGAGAGGUGCCAACUUUAGAAAUGGAAGCAACACCCAUUGGUCCCAGAAGUAGUAAAUUUAGAGGAAGUCCUCCUUCGCAGGUCCCUGGCUCGUGGAAGCCUAAGCAUCCAAUAGUCGUAGCACUACAAAAGAAAGUAGUAUGGAGUCCGCUCAAGCUGAGAGGCAUGAAAAAUAAGAGAAAUUCUUACAUUUCUUGAAUAGAAAAACGACCUAGAUUAUUCACUUCAGUACCAGUUUGUGUAAUUCUUGCUUGCUAAUACAGUAAUAUCUUGUUAUACAGUGACACAUGCAAUGAUGAUAGUCUAUAUUUUACUUUUGAUACUAA